AAAUAUAGUAUUGUAAUGAUGUGGAAACAGGUGGUAUAUCCUCGAACUAAUAUUACAUCUCGAUGGUUUUUCAGUUCGCUGAUGCCAGCAUCGACACUGUUAUUGCAAUAUGUUUCUGAGCAACCUUGUUCUCGACUCUACUGGAGAUCAGUUUUGACGAGUUCGAAUUAUAUUCGAUUUCUGCAUAAAUUUUCGAGUAGGAAUGCUACAACUUCAACUGAUGUUAAAAAUAAUAGUGAAAUCGAGUUAUCAACUAAAGACCAAUUGUUUUAUGUUGAUACUCUCACUGAUGCAGUAGUUCCAAGAUUUUUGAGUGAUCGAAAACCUCUACUGACAUUAUUGAAGAUUUGCAGGAAAGAUGUUACCUUUGAUGACUCCAUUUUUAAUCGACACAUAAAGUACUGUUAUUUUCAGGGGAUAGAUAAAUUAAUGAGGCAUAUUUCUUAUACGCAAUUAUACUUCAGUUUAUUGCGGGCAGCUAGUAGGUUUGAGUCGUUCCAUUAUAAUUUCGUUAUUUUUCAGGAAGAAGAUGUAGUUGAAGGAGCGUUAGAUAUUCGUCUCAAUAAAGAUGGACAAAUUUAUAAAAUCAAUAACCGACCUGUUAAUUUUUUACUGUUUUAUAAAGAUCGUAAGUGUGCCGCAGUUAUAUCAAAAUUAAAAGCAGCUAGUGAAGCAGAAACUACUGAAGCUCCAUCACCAGUGAUGUUAAGGACGAUGUGCUGUCAUCUAAGAAAUUUCGCCGCUCCGUCUUCUAUGUGCUUAUUUGCUUCACGCGCCUAUAGUAGUAUGCAUGGGAACGGACCAGAGAUGUUUCAAUUGGAACAUGUACGCAAAAGAGUAGAAAUUACGAAUUUGGUGAUAUUAUUUAUUAAAAUUGACAGGAUUUGUUUCCAGGCUCCAAUGUUUUUUCGCUAUCAAGCUGAUUAUACAAUUUACAGGCCGAAUGUAAUAUAUAAAGAUGAAAUCUUUCAUUUAACUGUCCCGAAUCGUGAUAUACUCAUGAUUUAUUUCGGAACGAUUAGUACUGCAUGCUUGUUCUGUUGCCCUCAUAUCGAACUGGAGGUUUUAAGUAUAUUACCAAUAUCUGAAGAUGGAACAGUACGAUUGAGGUGGCGUGUGAAAUAUAUAUCACUGCUUAGAGCAUUGCUAAAUCCGAAGUUGUUUAAAUACGAAUACCGUAUCAAAAGACUAAAGUGGUACGAUGGUUUGACAAUAUUUCAUGUUGGUGCAGAUGGUUUCGUUCAUCGAGUCGUCACACGCCGAAUUAUUGACGAUGAGCAGAAGAGCACCCAAGCAAAUCGACUUGCUAAUUUGGCUCAGAAAGUUGGUGUAUUGCCGAAAAGUUCUGUUGCAUUCAGCGAACACCACUGA